AUGGGUCAUAUUAAUUUUAGUUACCAGAAUUUCCAGGUUACAGACACACCAGGUCUGCUGUGCAUAAGCGAUGAAGAAAGGAAUAAUUUGGAAAAACUGACGCUUGCUGUCCUCACUCAUUUGCCAACUGCUGCACUCUAUGUUCAUGACCUUACUAGAGAAUGCGGAACCUCAGUAUCUGAUCAGUUUGUGAUCUACAAGAAAAUUAAGGAAAGAAAAGAGGGACCCGAUGGAGCCAUUCGAGUCUUAGUGAAGAGUAGUGUUGGGGUUGAUGAGUUGAAGACUAGAGUGCAUGAAAUGCUUGCCUCCAAGGUCAAGACGAUUCUAAGUCAAAACAGCAGCGACCAAGAACAAUUGGAGGAAACACGUAAGUGGCUUUAA